CUCACAAGGGACACUCACUCCUCCCGAGACACUCACAAGGGGCACUCACUCCUCCCGAGACACUCACAAGGGGCACUCACUCCUCCCGAGACACUCACAAGGGACACUCACUCCUCCCGAGACACUCACAAGGGACACUCACUCCUCCCGAGACACUCACAAGGGGCACUCACUCCUCCCGAGACACUCACAAGGGGGCACUCACUCCUCCCGAGACCCUCACAAGGGGGCACUCACUCCUCCCGAGACACUCACAAGGGGGCACUCACUCCUCCCGAGACACUCACAAGGGGGCACUCACUCCUCCCGAGACACUCACAAGGGACACUCACUCCUCCCGAGACACUCACAAGGGACACUCACUCCUCCCGAGACACUCACAAGGGACACUCACUCCUCCCAAGACACACAAGGGACACUCACUCCUCCCGAGACACUCACAAGGGACACUCACUCCUCCCGAGACACUCACAAGGGACACUCACUCAACUGGGCCAAUUACGAAGGCGUGCUAUAGACGGCACUGUUACUCAGCACUUACAGUAAUCUUAGACUAUAUUACCUCGAGUGUUUCAAGUUCCACACUUUGUAAACGAGAGCCAAUUCCCUUCACUAACUGCAGUUGCUCUUCUGAGGUUAAUAGUUAAUGAAAUUAUUUCCCAUAUAGUUAGAUAGAUAUCGCAUGCCUUUAACUACCUAUCUAAGCUAUCUGUUCUCCGCGAUGAACUACAAACCACUAAUUCUCUCCCUGUGUUGUCACGUGGCGGCGCUCGUCGUGCGUCUGGCAGUCCAACAAGCUCAGAACUCGUACGGUGCCCAAGACCUCCAACCCGGACUUCAAUGAGACACUUACCUACUACGGCAUCUCUGACCAGGACAUGGCUCGCAAGACACUUAGACUCACCGUCUUGGACGAGGAGCGCUUCGGCUGUGACUUCCUCGGGGAGGGUCGGGUCGCCCUCAAGAAGGUCCGCCCACACGAGACCAAGCGGAUAAGAAUUAAUCUGGAGAAACGAGCCAUGCUUGUGGAGGACGAGGUGAAGGGCGAGGCGGAGCGAGGCAAGGUCCUGCUCAGCCUCAAGUACACCACCCAGCGAAGCGCCCUCAUUGUGGGCAUCGUCCGCUGCGCCCAUCUCCCCUCCAUGGACUCCAACGGCUUCUCCGACCCUUAUGUUAAAGUGCAACUUAAACCAGACCCGAGCCACAAGAAGUACCGGACGGCGGUCAAGUGGAAGAACCUCAACCCAGAGUUCAACGAGGAAUUUGUGUUUGAGGUGCGCAGGAACGAGCUCCCCAAGAAGCUCUUAGACAUACGUGUGUAUGACAAGGAUGUCGGACGCAGUGAUGACUUUAUUGGUGGUCUACAGUUGUCUCAGGAUAGCACCGGCCCGGAGCUCCGUCAUUGGUACGACGCCCUCCAGUACGCGGACCGUCGACAUGACCGCUGGCACCAGCUCCAGCCUCUCAACGGCAAGUGAGCAGCCGGGCUCCCUGCUGCUAGUUCUGCCUGCUGUAGCAGUCGCUGACGAACAGUCUCACGCAGGAGUGGCUGACAAGCAGUCUCAUGAAGCAAUAAAUGAACUUAAAUAAUCAUUGACGCGAAACAUGUUGGAAAACAAGGUUGACUACGUAAGUGAUUGCAAUAACAGCACUGGAGGGACAAGAACAUAAACAAAACAAUUAGUUAAACACCAUUUAAAUAAAUAAUGAAUAAUAGAAAAAUUUUUACGAAAAGUGAUAAAUACUAAAAACGUAACACAGAAAUUUACAACACUAUAAACUGUAAAUGGCAUACAAAAGACAAAACAACUGAACGACCUGUGGAUGUUGAGUUUAUCAACACUCCGUGACGUGAGCUGCGACGGGCAGGCUGGGAGGCGCAUCGACCUGCCAGUAUAUUACAGCACAUGUAGCGAGGCCCAUGGGCGGGAACUGGUCUACGGCCGUGAGAAGUUGAUGCCGGCUGGUGGCCUUGGGUGCUUUCUCAUCACCAGUGUUGGACAAUCAUUAUGUGAAUUUUGUAUUUCUUAUAAAUAACAGCUCUUGAAAUAAAUAAUAUAUAUAUAUAUAUA